CGUAACGUUAGUCACCUGCUUCCAGCUUGGAAACUUGCUCCUUUUCAUAAAUCUCUCCAAAACAAACAUUUUCAAAAUGCAAAUUAUUCAAAGUCACUGUUCAGCGCACAAUUUUACCAUGCAAGCAGAAGUGCUGUUAUUGGUAAGAGAGCAGACGGAGUGUGAUUGGCUGUGGGAUCACUCCAUUUUGGAAACAGCUGUUUAAAGCCCCAUACUAUCCCUCCUCAUUGUUUUCAAUAGACUGUCAGAGGAGCGUUGGAUUUGACUUGGAAUCUCGGAACAGAUCAAUAGAAAUCCACAGAAUCUGUGUGUGGAAUGUGGGAAUAGCGUUUUGAAAUGAAGGGGAAUCCCGACAAAGAGUGAAUGGCGUAGUAACAAGUGGAAUAAAGUGAAGCGGAUCAAGGUGUAAUGAGAGGGCAGUUUGUGAGCAGAUGAUGGACGUUGAGGCGUCAUAUUCAGAGUUCAUAAACUGUGAUCGUACCGGUCGCAGGAACGCAGUGCCAGACAUUAAAGGAGAGGCAGCAGUGGUGGGGACCAGUGAACUAACCAAAGACAUGGCUCAGAUAGACCUGAAAGCUGCAGAGGGAGAUGCUUCUGGAUCUCCAGCCCCUGAUACAGAGGCCUCCGGGAGCCAGGACAAUCAGGGGACGGAGGGACCGUCAUAAGGAUCGAGAAUGACUCGGAGGAGAGAGGAAAGCUGAGGAGUUCUCUCCUUUUCUCAUCAAAAUUCUCCUCAUCUUUGCUCAUUGGGCAGCAGUGAAGAGUUCCUCUCAUAGACUGCCAUUAAGGUGGAUGUCCACCCAUUGCAUGCUCUUGAGUGCCUAAGAGACAGAUGGAGAAAACACUGCCUUUGCAAACACCACUAAAUGGGACGAAUCUGUCAAGGACUGUAUUCAUUCACAGCGCUGAGUGAGGGGAAGUUGUUUUUUCUUACAGAGGUUGAACAGAAGCACAGGCGUUUUGAUAUUUUUCCAACCUAAACUUAAACUAAACAGUUCAAUCUCAUGUUGAGCUACUGUAUACUAUAAAGUACCAAAUAUAGCCUUUUUGUUACAGCCUAUGACAUGGAUGGCUCAAUUUUAUUUUACCUUUUUUUUUUUUUUUUUUUAAACAAUGACCACUACAGUUGAAGGAGGUCUGAUUAUAUUCUCAAAUAUUGCCUGAGGUCAGAAGAGAUUUGUUUCUGUACUUCAAUACAUACUGUAACACAAAUGUAACUUAAUUAACAAUAUUUAUGUAGUAUCUAAGUUACUGCUUUCUGCUUCUGACACUGUUUUGUGGUUUUUGUCAAACUCUCAAGAAACACUUGUUGAAACACAUUGCAUUUAUAUAGUGACUAUAAAUGGAAGUACCUCAAAAUAAACAGGAAUGACGUUA